CCAAAGCAGGAAGUGUCGCGAGCUGCUGAUGCAGGAGUGUCUGCCCGGCCCCUGAGCCUUACUAUUAAAGUGCAUUAUUUGCUUCGUAAGUGCUGCCAUUGCUUUAUUUACAUGGACAAAGGUGCAUUUAAAGUUAACCGGGGAAAACUAACGUCUGGUUUUUGACCCACCUGGAUGUUGGGUGUUCGGGCUCUGUUUGGGAUCGGGUUCCUGGUGACCUCACGGGCCACAGCAGUCCUCGCUCGGACCGGGACAUGCCCGCUGGCCGCUGCAGCGAGUAGCCACCAGACACAGUGUUUGAGCAGGAGACACACAUCCACCAUGGCUCAGACGAUUAAAUACCUCGGGCAGGAGGAGGCCCAGCACAUCGAUGAGGAGCUCUUCAGUGAAUACGGCUUCAGCGUGGACCAGCUGAUGGAGCUGGCCGGGCUCAGCUGCGCCACCGCAGUCACCAGGGCGUAUCCUGCCAGCUCUCUGCUCAAGGCCAGACCCACACUGCUCGUGAUCUGCGGCCCAGGAAACAACGGGGGCGACGGCCUGGUCUGCGCAAGACAUCUCAAACUUUUUGGUUACGAGCCCACCAUCCUGUACCCAAAGAGGCCAAACAAACCGCUGUUCCAGGGUCUGACCACGCAGUGCGAGAAAAUGGAGAUUCCUUUCCUGACCGAGAUGCCUGAGGCCAAGGUGAUCGAUGAGGCUUACAACCUGGUGAUAGACGCCAUCUUCGGCUUCAGCUUCAAGGGGGCGGUGAGGGAGCCUUUCGGGUCCAUCCUGGACGUGCUGAAGAAAACCACCGUGCCCGUGGCCAGCAUCGACAUCCCCUCAGGCUGGGACGUGGAGCAGGGCAGUGCCGAUGGGCUCCAGCCCGACAUGCUCAUCUCUCUCACGGCGCCCAAGAAAUCCGCCUCGCUCUUCAGAGGACGCUACCACUUCCUGGGAGGGCGCUUCGUCCCGCCGGCCCUGGAGAGGAAAUACCAGCUCAACCUGCCUCGGUACCCCGACACGGACUGUGUGUUACAGCUGUAGGAGAUCCGGCGAAACGGUGAAAACAUUUUAGGGCUCGUGCUGAGAAGUUUCUCGGGAUGCAGGAAGGGUGUUGUCUUCCAAUCUGGUUUGGCUGGCGCACGCUCAGCGACUGGUUGUGACCCCACAGCUGUAAAUCUGUAUCAUCCCUUUAAUCAGGGCCUGGUUUUUCUCUUUUUUUUUUUUCUUUUUUUUUCUGUGAGAGCACAUUCACCACCAAGCUGACCCCCUUGUAUGUCUGCUUGAGCAAAUUAAAAAUAAUAAAUUUAAAUUAAAAUCAAA